AUGACUGAAAACUGUCUAACAUAUAUAGAAUUAAAUCCACUUCAUGCCAUGAGGCAGAUGCCAAAGAACAGGUCGUCAGUUCCAUUUGCCUGGCGUCUCACUGUAGUGAUUCUUGGUGUCUCCUGUUUCUGCCUCCUUUUAACAACUGGAAUCUUGGGAUACAUGGUUUUCCAGGUUUGUCGGGCUGCCCAAUCACAGGAUGCAUUUUUGAAAAAUGUAACAACAGUUCCUGAUUCCAAACUGGAAAACACGGCUUUCUCAGAGACACCACACACCUCAGGAAGUGAGUGCAACACAUGUAAAAAUAAGUGGUCGUGUUGUGGAGAGGACUGCUAUUAUUUUUCAUAUGAUUUGAAGAAUUUUAAUGACAGUCAGAAUUUCUGCAAGCAGAUGGGCGCUACACUUCUUAAGAUAGAAGAUGAAAAAGAGCUGAACUUCAUUCAAAACCAAAUAUCUUCUGUCUGGUGGACUGGAUUGUCCCGUACAGGAGUGAGCAGUUCCUGGACAUGGGAGGAUAACUCAGCACCCCUUCCCAAACUUUUCAGUGAUUGGGAUGAGUCAAAAAGUGGAAACUGUGGAAGUAUAAGAAGAAGCAGCAUGACUGUUUCUGACUGUUCCCGAUACAUGCGCUUUAUCUGUGAGAAGAAAAUUGUUUGUCUUGCUCCCUAA